AUGGCCUUACAUAACUAUAUUUAUUUGAAGCACAAGUCACAUGACCCACAGUGUCAUACUCUAAUAGCGAGAGAUCACGAUAACAGACCGUCUCCACUACCUUCGAAGACGGUAAAUCUACAGGUUGCGGCUGUCAGUAGUGAAGGGCUCAAUAGGAAUAACAAAAGUGAGUGUUGCGGAAAGUGUCAGGGAAACUGCGAAGAAAACAGUAGUAAAAUAACGAAUGUUGCGUGGUAG